UCGCACACACACAACAAGGAGAGACGGCCAAUGGGAGGAUGAAAUCAGGCUCCCUAAUCAGCAGCGCAAUCUCACCCCAAUACAGACACGUCUCGGUCCCUGCAAGCCCAGCCCUGCUGCAUGCACCGGCUGCCCGGCAAAUGGAUGAGCAGCUGUCUGGCUGAAGUGCUACCCCGAUCACCUUGCGUGCUAUGGAGCCGGUGCAGUAGGCUGCAGCGGAGCGAACCCUGCAUGCUGUGUGCAUGAGCCCCCUCUCUCCCAAAUCCCACCAAUGCAGCCGGUGUCUCCGCAAUCAGCCAGACUGGGGGGCUCGGGCAGGCGCCACUGCGUCUCAUCACCUCCAAUAUACAGCCAAUCAGUGUCACACUGAGGUGGGGCUGGGGUUCCGGGGGGUUCCAGCAAUAAGACGAUCUUCAGGGAAAAGCAGUCCAAUGAGAUUAGAGGAGAGGGGUUGAUUCAGGACUCGCACCCCAGUCACACAUGUGUGUACAUUACAUCCAUGGGGCCCUUUGUACUAGAUGCUAAUAAAGGGAAGUCAGUGUGGAGCUCCGGACGAUCUGCUGCCAGGAACAGAACGCAGGAGAGCUGAAGGGAGAAAAGCCGGAGAGGCAAGGCCCCGACCCCCGAUCUUCCAGCCGCUACGCGGGGACGACACGCUGCACGGACUGCCAGCAUGCGGGGCAGGUGACUGGUUCCUCCGGAGCUUUGCAUUCACCUCCCAAACACAGCUGCCGGGCGCAGCGCGUUGCCCAAUGACCCUCAGAUCUCCCGACACCUCUGACAGUGCUGGCACCAUACACAGCGGAGCCGGGGACCGGGUAACCUCCCCAGGGAACGCCCAGGCCAGCCCGGACCUCAACGAGCGCAUCGCUAUGUCCAUGGGAGAGCUCCAACGCUCGGGUUGGUACUGGGGACACAUGACUGUCAAUGAAGCUAAGGAACGAUUGCAAGAUGCACCAGAAGGCACUUUCCUUGUAAGAGACAGCUCCCACACAGACUACCUCUUGACCAUCUCUGUUAAGACCUCUGCAGGGCCAACAAACCUACGCAUUGAGUAUCGAGAAGGGAAGUUCAGGUUGGACUCUGUUGUAUGUGUACGCUCCAGACUGAAACAAUUUGAUAGUGUUGUCCAUCUUAUUGAGUAUUAUGUCCUACUGUCUAAAAACAAGAAAAUUGAAACUGAGACUGAAAAUGUUUCCAACAGGACCGUUCACCUCUGGCUUGUUAAGCCACUUUACACAUCCACCCCAUCCUUGCAGCACCUUUGUAGAAUGGCUGUCAACAAAUGUACAAAUAAAAUCCAUGAACUGCCGUUACCAAUGCGAUUGAAGGAAUAUAUAACUGAAUACCGUUACCACGUGUAGACGUUUGUCUGCAACAUGGGACAAUUAUACUGAAGGCAUCUUCCAAAUCCAGACAAAUACUAAAAACUUUUGUCAUUUCAUUUCAAAGUGAUUGUCUUAGAGAAUUUGGAUAAUGUUGGGUACAGUAUGUUUUAUACAUAAAUAUUUAGUGCACUGACUUUUAUUCUCCCUUACCCAAAUUAAAUUUCAUAACUCAAGAAUCUGUAAAUCCUUAUAAUCAAAAUGGUAUUUUAUUUAUUUUGUUUUAUAAAUUGUCACUGCCUAAGGAGACAAACAUUUAUAGUUGUCAACCAGCUAUCCAUGGUAGACAGACUAGAGCUCAUGCUAUUUUCACCACAUGGUGCAGUGCUUGUUGAUUUUGAUCUAAUAAUAUAGAUACUCUAUGGUAACUACAUUGUGAGAUUCCAGUGUUCUUACACGGUUUCCCCCAUGGAGACAAAUGAUCUGUCAUGUAGAAACAUCAGAUGACUGUUAAAAUGUUAUGUAUGAACCCUUGGCAGUCUUUGCCACAUUUCUUACCGUUGCCCAUAUUUGUCUAAAUUAUUUUUAAAUUCUCUUACAGAAAUUGCAAUUUAUGGGAUCAAACUUUAUUAAUGGGGAUCAAGAAUAUGGUCCUUUUGUCUUCUAUAUAUUUUUUGUAAAACUGGAAUAUAGAGAAACUGCAACUCGAGUGCCUGGCAUCUGAACUGCUUAGGAAACACUGUCUACCAAGAGUUAAGCUGCUCUGAAAUGCAGAAGACCAGGAUUGGACAUGGCAGGAAUUUGACAAGUACACUUGUACUGUAACUUAUUCACUGGUGACAUCCUAGAACACCAACAAUGACCUCCCACAGGCUGUUCUUAACCAUACAACUUCAGUAUAGCUUUUUCCCUUUCAUCCCUUGCACAUCACCACAUCUGCCCUUCAAUAGAUGGAUAUUAGGAUGGGGAACAUUGUGAUUGCAAGCAUAUGACAAAAUCAUUGCACUCCAUGCAUAAGUGUAUUGACGUUUGUGGACGUUAGAGGUACAUGGUGAUAAGGUUUUUAGUCUGAAGUCACUACUUUUGUCUUAUGCUGGCACAAGCCUCAGUUAUAUCUAUAUAUAGAGGAACAGCAGUAUUAACAUGCAAUAGAUGAGAAGUGGGAACUGUUGGGGUAAAGGAUGCCAAGAAACCUUUAGUAUGUUCAUCCUGUGCCAUGAAUUCUCCCAUAAUUCUGCCAUCACAUGAAAGGUUCUCCUUUGGGUGCACAGGUUGCAGGCAGCAAAAAAAAAAUGUUUUUAGAACUAUCCAAUAACUUGAUUCAUGAUAUAGUGGUGUUUGUUACUUCAGAUUAUGUCUGUGGGAUUGUUUAAAAUUAAACUGCAAGGCUAAAGCUGGGUAUACACUAUACAAUUCUCUGACAGAUAAUCUGCCAGAUCUGUCUGGUUAGAAUGAAAGUCUGGUAAUGGAUGAGAGCAAAUGACAAUCUACCAUUGGCUCUCAAACAUUGGAAAAUGGACAAAACCUUUCAUUCAGACAAAUUGGCUAAAUCUGUGAUUUAACCAAUUUGUAUGACACCGUUUUUUCAUUGUUUGGGAGCAAAUGGUCAGUUUGUCAUUUGCUCUCAUCCAUUACCAGAUUUUUAUUCCAACCAUCCAGAUCUGGCAAAUCAGAUAAUUGUAUAGUGUAUGCCCACCUUAAGGAAGAAGUUGAAGAUAUGCCAAUUUAUCUGGUCUCGCCACAAAAUCUAUUCUUUGUAGUGCUUAGUACUGUUAAGGUGGGAUAUUCCCAUAAUUAGAGGAUAGCCUUUAUGUGAAGUACGUUUGAUAUCUCAACUAUAUUCCCCAUGGAGAAUAGAACAAUUUUUUUGCCAAAUUGUGAUGCAACUUUAUAUAUCUCGGAUCACAAAAUGUAACGAACUAUGCUGGUGACAUUUGUUUAAGUAUCCAGCGCAUAGAUCGUGCGAGGCUAUUUUUACAUCUGUAAGUGCAACCAUUUCAAAGCUCUAUAGUCUGUAGGCAACCGUUGCCUGUUAUUUACAUCAUCAUCAUCAUUUUAAGUUGAAGUGUAAAAGCUCUGAGGUAUUGUAUGACAUUUUCUGUAUUAAAUGGUGGCUGCAAUGUUGAUUUAAAUAUUCUGCUCUACAAACUAUAUGGUGCUUAAUCAAUGAAAAUAUCUACAACCCCUUCUCCAUAAACAAAUGGGUGGAUAUGAGGUGCCCUAAAUGGUGUUUAAUUUCUUCUAAUAAUAAAACUGCUUUAAAUUA